UUGUUGUAUUUGCCUUAUGCAUGACUCACUGUGUGCCCUGUUCCACUCUUUACAGAUUGACAUUCAGAUUCAAGAUGCACUGCGCCGCUAUCAUCAAUGUGCUACCAUUCAGCUGGACUUCCAGCUUCCAGAAAGGUUCAACCUAACUUACGUCAGUGGUGAAGGCGAUGAAAAGAAAAGGCCAGUCAUUAUUCACCGUGCGAUUCUGGGCUCUGUAGAGAGAAUGAUCGCUGUAUUGACAGAGAAUUUUGGUGGAAAGUGGCCGUUCUGGCUGUCACCAACUCAGGCCAUUGUGAUUCCUGUGUCUCCGAAAUAUGAGGAGUAUGCAAUCAAAGUAUGUAUUUAGUUAUGCUACAAAAACUACGUAAGAUACUAUACAAUCAAAAAAAAAA